UCAGCUUCAAGCAAAAUGGAAAGUGGUAAUGGAAAUGGGACUUCAGUUCAUUCAUCUGGACUGAAUAUUGUCAAGCACAUCAAAACCUUCUCAUUAGUCAUCUACUGUGCAAUCAUUUUGGUUGGCACCGUAGGUAAUGGUCUGGUCAUCUAUGUGACAGGCUACAAAAUGAAGAAAACUGUCAACUCUGUUUGGUUUUUUAACCUGGCUCUGGCAGACUUCCUCUUUACAGCCUUCCUGAUUUUUACAGCUGUCUCUCUCUAUCAAGAUCACCACUGGCCCUUUGGAAACUUCAUGUGCAAGCUCAACAGCUUUGUGAGCGUAGUCAACAUGUUUGCCAGUGUCUUUUUUCUGACAGUCAUAAGUCUGGAUCGCUGCUUGUCCAUCUGGGUGGUGGUGUGGGCACAAAACAAGCGCACCAUCUUUAAAGCUCAAGUCAUGAGCGCUGUCAUCUGGUUGGCUGCAGGGAUCUGCAGCGCACCUUCUGCUUUCUUACGUACAGUGAAAGAAGAAGGCAAUAACACCUAUUGCACUUACAAUAUUACAGAGAAACAAAAAACGAGUCUGUACACAUUCCGCUUUUCUUUGGGCUUCCUCGUUCCAUUCGUUGUGAUACUCUUCUCUUACGUGGCUAUAGGUAUCCGUGCCAGGCGUCUUCAAAGGACAAGCAAACGGAGGUCUCAGCGAAUCAUUUUCGCCAUAAUUUUUGCAUUUUUUAUUUGCUGGUUUCCCUUCCAUGUUUUGAGCUUCAUAGAGUUAAAACCCUUAGAUUCUCUCAUGAGACUUGUUCAAAUUGGAGGUCCUCUUACUGUAUGUCUGGCCUUCAUGAACAGCUGCCUAAACCCCAUCCUCUAUGUCUUCAUGUGUGACGAGUUUCAGAAGAAGCUCAAGCAGUCCAUAUGGUUGGUUCUAGAAAAUGCCCUGGCAGAGGACCACCUGUCAUAUGUUGGAUCCUCCCGCUCCUUAUCAUCGUGGAUUCCAAGAAAGUCUGUUUCUACUACCCCUACUGGUGAGGAUGACGCUAAGACAUCCAUGACCUUAAUGGAAAAAAAACGGACCCACACAAGGAGUUCAGGGAGCACAGAGGAAUCAGCCUCAAAAUGACUGAAAGCGAGAGGUUGAAUGAACCGCACUGAAGAGCUCUGGACAAAGUUUUGAUUAAAAAAAAAACUGUAAAUUUGUGCAAAGACAAUGAAGGAAUCUAUUUGGAUUAAUGCUUGUUUGUCCUUACUUGUGUAAAAAAUGUGCAGGUGUUUUUGUCUGUGGUUACCUAGAAAUCUUGAUAUAUUUAACAGGAAGUCUGAUAAAAUCACAGAGACCCCUUCCCUCCAGAUUUAUUUAACAAAUGUAACUUGAAACCCUAUGUGGGUGUGCUGUGGCAUUUCAUUCUACAUAUUAAGCUUUCAAUGAAAUUACUGUAAAUACUGUGAAUCUUUGUAUGUAAUGACUCAUUUACUUCAAAAACAGAUUGGAUAUCUCUGGCUUUUUUUCCCACUCAUGUACCUGCAUAUUUAACAAUGACUGUAUUUCCAUGUUUCUCUGCUGCGUCGCUAAAGGUUUCAA